AUGCAGUCAAACACAGGUAGCGAAGUCUGGGACUCUCGAUUCGCUGAUACGUCAGAUGAAAAUGACGCGUGGACGCCAUCGUCUGUUUCGACCGGCAACCUGGAAACAGACAACAUCUUGCAAGACGUUAUGAUGCUAGUACGAAAUGAGUUACCCUACGUUCAGCGCGAGUUCCUCAAGUUUGACAGUCGCCUGGGCGCUGGCACUAGCUUUGAGGUCAAUAAAGAGCUGUUUGGUUUGACAGGCGAGUCGCCUUAUUUCGUUGCUGUCAAACGACUCGUCAUGGACAGCGUAACUGGAGGCACCAAACAGACUGCCGAGCAACUAAAACAGUCCUCAAAGCGCCUCAUAAAUGUCAAACGAGAAGUCCGGGUCCUCACUCACCCUAAGCUGCGAUCGCACAGCUGUCUCAUCUCAGCCAUCGCCUGGGGCUGGGACCAAGAUCUCACCUUGGGCAACCGGCCCUAUCUGGUCAUGCCUUACUCGCCGCAUGGAACCCUGUCCAUAUUCGCCCAGAAAAGGAGCCUCAACCUGAUAGACAGGCGUUUGUUGGCCCUCGACGUUGCCUUGGGUAUCCGUGCGCUACACGACUGUGACAUUGUGCAUGGAGAUGUCAAACCUGACAACGUCCUGGUCUAUGGGUAUCUUACCCGCGAUCAAGACCAUGAACGCCACUAUCUGGCCAAGCUAGCCGAUUUUGGGUGUACUCUUUUCAAACAUGACUUCGAACAACAGCACGAAUACUAUCUCGGAACACCCAAAUACAACGCUCCUGAAAUUUGUGGCUGGACUAAAAGGACUGACGAUGAGAUUCAUAGAGACGAGAAUUCGAAGUUUGCGGGAUAUAAAGCCGCUGAUUGCUAUUCCUUUGGCCUUCUUCUCUGGGAAACAAUUAAGCACGCAAAGUCAUUCAUCGAAUCCGACUGGCUCAACCCUGGCGAGAACGCAAUGAGCUUCCUUGAACGGGCAUUUUAUACCCGGGACAAUGCUAUCUUAGAACUCGCUCUUGAAUUCCUUCGGUCGCAAGAAAAUGCUCCCGUGGCACUUGGAGGGAAAAACUCCCAGUCAGCUGCCGGGCCAUAUCCAUAUCCCUCAAAUCCCACCACGGCCGAGCUCAACGGAUAUUUUGGUAAAUGGACCCAUCUUCGAGACGGCCUGGAUGCUAUCGGUGCACCACCAGACUCCCAGUCCUUCCAGGCCUUUGACGCAACAAUGUCUUUGUGUUUACAAGAUAGUAUCACGCGAAGAGGUAAUAUACAACAAAUCUUCGAGGCACUUUCUGAAGGAAUUGAUGGUGAAAUCCCUGAAGGUGGUAAAACGGAGAGAUUGCACCCUGUAGAAAUCAAAAUCAACGGGGAAAGUCCUUAUAUCGGGGAUCGAUAUGAGAAGGUGCUGGCACCUACCAUGGAGAUGAGUCCAAUUACGAGAGCCGUAUUUCUGGACAAGGGAGCGCAUACCUGUAGCAGUGACAAGAAUCUACGAGUUGUCCCCAGAGAGGAGCCAGCUGAUCCGUCUCUACAAGUCACCAGGGUCACGGCACAAAAGCGAUGUGAGACCCUGGUUCUGACGCCUCAGGCGUAUCGAUAUAAGUCUGAAGACAUGUUUAUGGUCAGUAUGGAGGAUUGA